ACACUUCGGGUGUUUCCGUCAGCGCUCGGCACUUGAACCGCCGUGGACGGUGGAAUGCGGCUGCCGGAGCCACGGGCAUUGCCGGGCAGGCGGCCGAGAUGUACGCACCGAGCCGGGAGGAUUCCGCGGCUGCUCGGGGUCCGAGUUAACGGAGCUGCUCGUGGGAAGGACGCCUUGUUGGUGUCGCACGGAGAGGGUGCGGAGGCAGUCUAAAAGCACCCCUUCGUGGUUCUACAUCGAUUACGUUUCAGGAGAAAAAAGGGGGGCGGACUGGGAGCUUCGAAGGAGCAUCAUGGAGCCUCGCAACGCAACCGCCCUCAAGAUCCAAAGAGAGAAACGCAAAUGGAACAUCUGAUUUUGAGCUGUAACCUUCACCUGGUGCUCUGCACGCUUACCAAGUUUGUGAGAUACCGACAGCAGCAAAAUGUUUUACGGUUCUUCCUCCGGGGCCAGCAUGUCCCUGCCCUCCAAGAGCCGGCUGAAGCGCCAGAGCAGGACCUUUACGCAGGUCCUGUACCGCACUCUGAGCUACCGCGACCGCGUCCCGGCCGAGGUGGGAACAAACACGCGCGGGGACCGCCGCUCCACGACCGAGCCCCCGGAGCGACCUGCCGACGACCCGGCCGAGCUCUCCCACCAGAGCUCUGCUCCGGGGGUCCUGAAGAUCUUUGGCGACGAGAUCUGCAGCGGCGCCAACUACAAGAGCGUCCUGGCCACGCCCCGCUCCAGCGCCCAGGAGCUGGUCAAGGAGGCGCUGGAGCGCUACUCGCUCAACAAGGACGCCGCCCACUCCUACGUCCUGUGCGAUGUAAUCGGGCGCCUGGAGGGGGGAGGUAUGAUUGGCGGCGGCGGAUGGCGGACGGAGUGUCUUCGUGCGCUCGGCGACAACGAGAAGCCGCUCUUGCUCCAGGAGUUGUGGAAGCCUCGGGAGGGACACGCCCGCCGCUUUGAGCUACGCAGGAGAGCAGAGGUGGAGGAACUCAACGCCAAGGAGAAGGACACCAUCACUGCUGGGCCCAAAGCUGCCCAGUUCCUGGCGGCUCUUAUGGGUCGGUCCGGGCUGGGCAAACACCGGAGCUCCCCUCUGCGGUCGGGUCGGGCGGCUCCGUCCGGCUCUAAAGACAUCAACGCUCAGGCCCGCAAGCUGCAGAGGAACCGGGCCAAGGGGACGCUGACCUUGCCUCGCUCCAGCAACUCGUCCUUGUGCCGCAGCCUCAGCGAGACCAGCCUCAACCAGCUGUCGGUCGGAGACGAGCCCAAGCGCUACUAUUCCACCCUGCCGGGGCCGUACAGGGGCCGGGAGGCGCCGUGCGGUGGGCGGAGGAAGGAGGAGGCGGGGCAGGGGGGGGUGCGCCACUCCUUGUACCAGUCGCCGCACCUGCUGCUGCUGCAGGGGUACAACAGACAGGACUGCCUGGUGUACCUGCUGAACCGAGAUCAGCACACGGUCGGUCAGGAGACACCCUCGGCUCGUCCCAACAUCUGCUUGUUCUCCCCGGACGUCCUGCCGCUUCACUGCCGCCUACGUCGCGUCCCCACAUCGCGCCGCCCCUCCCACAGCGCCAAGCCAGAAGACCCCUCCGAUCCUCAGCGCUUCUGCGUGGCCGUGGAGCCCGUCCUCAACGCCACCGUCCUGGUCAACUUUUCCCGCUGCGAGCGCUCCACCACGCUGCGCCACGGCGACCUCCUCUCCUUCGGGGCGCACUACAUCUUCCUGUACAAGGACCCCACGGGCGCCAAGCCCCUCCCUGCCCAGACCCUGGCACGUCUCCGCAGCCUGGGCCAGGUCUAUGACAGCGCUCCGGAGGAGGGGGGGACUUGUGAGGUGUGCGGAUCCACGCUGAAGGACAGGACGGCACCGGCGUCCGGCGUCACCCCCACCAGACGCAGCUUCAGACCGCACCAACUCAAAUCUCGUGGCGGCGGCGGCACCGUCGCAGCGGUGGAGGCGGGAAGAGGAGGACAGAAGAGGAAGCUACACCUGGAGUUUGAUCCAGCCCAUGAAGACCAGCUGCUGAACCGCAUCAUGUCCCUCAUAGAACCUGGAGGCGACGACCACAAACUGACGCCGGCCUACCUGCUGUGUCUUUGCAUACAACACUCCGCCUCCGCCUUCCCGCCCGGGAGCUUUGGGAAACUUUUGCUGAAGAUCGUGCGGCGGAUCCAGACGGUGGCGUGGGAGAAGACAAAGGAGCUGGCCCAGAAGCAAGCUCAGCAUCAGGACCCAUCCUCUCUGUCCCUGCUCAACAUAUCAGACCUCAUCCCAGACCUGCAGACCAUCUUCUUCUGGAUGUCCAACUCCAUCGAGAUCUUGUACUUCAUUCAGCAGAGAGUGCCGUCGUACACGCACAACAUGGAGGUUCUGCAAGGGUCGAAGGAGUCUCUGCUAUCGGCGACCAUCUCAGCCAACGAGGAGGCCAUGAGCAUCCUGGAGGAGGUCAUCAUGUACACCUUCCAGCAGUGCGUCUACUACAUCACCAAGGCUCUCUACGUAGUCCUUCCAGGUCUUUUGGACUGUAAUCCCUUCCCGAUGGACAGCUCAGAGCCCUGCUGGAAAGGAGGCGUAGGAUUCCCUGAGCCAGUCCGCAGGGUCCUUCAGGUCUUUCAGAGCGGCCAGGAGCUGUUGCAGGGCUAUCAGGUCCACCCGGAGAUCCAGGCUCAGAUGUUUGCUUACCUCUUCUUCUUCUCCAACGUGUCCCUCUUCAACCAGCUGAUGGACAAAGGUCCGUCCCGUGGUUGGUUCCAGCGUUCCAAAGUGUUGCAGAUGCAGGCGUGUCUUCGCAUGGUGUCCGAGUGGGCCGGCAGGUCCGGUUUGGGUCACCUGGCAGAGAAAUUCUUCACCAAACUCAACAGCGCCAUCUCCAUCUUGGCCACGCCCCCUCAGCAGCUCACACAGCUGAGCUGGAGGACGCUGUCCAGCGAGCACACCGGCCUCAAGCCCGUUCAGCUACACCGGAUCCUGACACAGUACCAGCUCACCGCAGAGACUGGGCCUGUGCCCGCCUGGCAGCCCAGCAGCGAGGACGAGGCCUACAUUUACAGAACAGUGGACCUCCUGGAGAGCUUCGAGAACCACCCGCCCAUCGUGCUGCCCAGCGGCGGCUUCAGCGUGGAUCUGGAUGGCGAGCGGGUGGAGGACAGCAUCUACCGGCAGCUGCUCUAUGUGCGUCACUUCCUGUGGGGACUACGUGCCAAGACGCAGGCGCACGCCACACUCGCCAACGGCAACAGCACUGCCGCUGACGCUCAGAGGGAGCUGUUGCCCCCGGCGGUGCACAGCAGCCCUCGCUCGGCGGCCCCCGGGGACGGUGAGGAAGAGAAGGGGCGGGACAGAGCGGCGGCGGCGGCGGGGCAGCCAACGCACAGCCUGCGGAGAAACGGCGGCGUCCACCUGCACCCUCACCCUCGGGCGGGAGGGAGCACCGAGUUGUCCUGCCUUCUGACCCCUCCCAACACGCCGCUGUACCCCGAUGGGGGAGGAGGCGCGCCCGUGAAUGGCUGUGGCAGCAGAAGCGACGGCAAGAAGGCAAACGGACUCAUCACCAACGGCAUGGAAGGGUAUAUUAGUGGGUGUGACUUUCCCUUCCCUGUCUCCUCCCCCGGCGCCCCCUCCCUCCCUGAUGACAUGUGUGUGGUGUUUGUAGUGCAACUGGACAAAGGACCGUACGGACUCGGCAUGGGACUCAUCGACGGCCUGCACACGCCCCUCAACGCACCGGGCAUCUACAUCCGCACGCUCAUCCCCGAGGGUCCGGCGGCGUCCGACGGCCGGCUGAGGAUCGGGGACCGCAUUCUGGCGGUGAACGGGACCAGUCUGAUCGGAGCAGACUACCAAAGCGCGGUGGAUCUGAUCCGACUGGGAGGGGGGCGUCUCCGCUUCCUGGUGGCCAAGUCUGACCCGGAAGUCUCGGACAAGAUCAGCGCUUCGUCCUGUUGACCUCACGAGGGUGACGUUGGACACGCCCGCCCUCAACAGGAACUGUCAUUGUUUUCAUCACACAGCAGACAGUCUGGUAGGCGGGACUUAAUGUGUUGUUGCCAGCUGUCAGUUAAACUGCAGAUGACACCCAUAGCCCCCGCCCCCUAGGAAAGACUCAAGGAGGAAUUUGGCUUUUAUUUAUUUUGUUUGUAUGUAAAUAAUGUUUGUAAACAUUCAUUGCUGCUUGUUGAUUGGAUGAUGGAACCAGGCUGUAGCUCCACCCAAACCUUUCAUCUUGUGAUCAUUCUUAUUAACUAUAACCAACACUAUAACCACAAAAGACAAACUUUUUUAAGGCUUCCAUUCUACUCAUUUUAAAAUACUGGAUCCCAGUGGGGCACCAAAGGAAAUAAAAUACUUCAUAAAUAAAA